GGAAAAACACAAACAAGUGUUUCACUUUCAGUUCCAUCGUUCUAUUUUGGUUUUGUGCCGACUUUCACUUAACUCUCUCUGAAUCCCGCCGUUAACCUUUCUUUUCCCCUUCAAAAUCCCAACAAAUUUCUUCCCAACAUUUUCCCUUCAAAUCCCUAAUCCCUUUCCCCCCUUUUUCCUCCCAUCCAAAUGGAGGAUUCCGAAGGAGUCCUCAACUUCGAUUUCGAAGGCGGACUCGACGCACAACAACCUCCCGCCGCCAUCGCAUCCGCCUCCGUUCCCGCCGCACCUUCCGGUCCUAUUAUCCAACCCGAUUCAUACUUACCACAACCUUCUAAUGCUCCCAAUGGUGCUACCAAUGCUCCUUCCGUUACUGAACCGGUUUCUGGUAAUGUUCCUGGAAGACGAAGCUUCCGGCAAACGGUUUGUCGUCACUGGCUUCGUAGUUUGUGUAUGAAAGGUGAAGCGUGUGGAUUCUUGCAUCAGUAUGAUAAGGCUCGGAUGCCGGUGUGUCGGUUUUUUCGAUUGUAUGGAGAGUGUCGUGAGCAAGAUUGUGUUUAUAAGCAUACUAAUGAAGAUAUCAAGGAGUGUAACAUGUACAAGUUAGGAUUUUGUCCUAAUGGGCCUGAUUGUCGAUACAGGCAUGCAAAAUCUCCUGGACCUCCGCCUCCGAUUGAAGAGGUCCUUCAAAAGAUCCAACAUUUAUAUUCUUACAACUAUAACAAUUCUCACAAAUUUAUCCAACAAAGGGGUUCUAAUUAUAAUACUCAACAAGCUGAUAAGCCUCAGUUUCCUCAAGGAAUUAAUUCUGCAAACCAAGGUGCGGUUGCAAAACCAUUAGCUUCAGAGUCUGGAAAUGUCCAGCAGCAGCAACAAGUUCAACAACAGUCUCAGCCGCAGGUUAGCCAGAACCAAGUGCAAAAUCUUGCUAAUGGCCAACCCAUUCAAGCCAAUCGAACGUCAACCCCUUUACCUCAAGGAGUAUCUAGGUAUUUUAUUGUUAAGAGUUGCAAUCGUGAAAAUUUGGAGUUAUCUGUUCAACAAGGAGUAUGGGCAACUCAAAGGAGCAAUGAAUCAAAACUAAAUGAAGCAUUUGACUCUGUGGAAAAUGUGAUAUUGGUUUUCUCAGUCAACCGUACUCGACACUUCCAGGGCUGUGCAAAGAUGACAUCCAGAAUUGGUGGUUCUGUUGCUGGGGGAAACUGGAAAUAUGCUCAUGGAACGGCACAUUAUGGGCGGAAUUUCUCUGUUAAAUGGUUGAAGUUAUGUGAACUUUCAUUCCACAAAACACGCCAUUUGAGAAAUCCAUACAAUGAGAACUUACCAGUGAAGAUAAGCAGAGAUUGUCAGGAGCUGGAACCUUCAAUCGGUGAGCAGUUGGCAUCCUUGCUGUAUACUGAGCCGGAUAGCGAACUUAUGGCUAUCUCAAUUGCAGCAGAGUCUAAACGAGAAGAAGAGAAAGCAAAGGGAGUGAAUCCAGAUAAUGGAGGAGAAAAUCCAGACAUUGUCCCAUUUGAAGACAACGAAGAAGAGGAAGAGGAAGAAAGUGAUGAAGAGGAUGAGAGCUUUGGUCAAGCUGUAGGACCAGCUGUCCAAGGAAGAGGUAGGGGAAGAGGAAUGAUGUGGCCUCCCCACAUGCAUAUGGGGCGUGGAGCCAGACCCAUGCAUGGAAUGCAAGGUUUUAACCCUGUAAUGAUGGGCGAUGGAUUAUCCUACGGGCCUGGUGGGCCUGAUGGUUUUGGUAUGCCAGAUCUUUUUGGCAUGGGUCCCCGAGGUUUUGGUCCAUAUGGUCCUAGGUUCUCUGGUGAUUUUGGAGGCCCCCCAGCUGCCAUGAUGUUCCGAGGACGACCCUCACAACCUGGGAUGUUUCCAGGUGGUGGAUUUGGGAUGAUGAUGAAUCCUGGACGCGGUCCCUUUAUGGGGGGAAUGGGGGUUCCAGGUCCGAACGGACCAAGAGGUGGUAGGCCAGUCAAUAUGCCUCCGAUGUUUCCACCACCUCCGCCUCCACCACAAAAUAUGAACCGCCCUAAAAGAGAUCAAAGAACAAGUGACCGGAAUGAUAGGUUCGGUUCAGGACCAGAUCAAGGUAAGAGUCAAGACAUGCUCAGUCAAAGUGGGGGUCCUGAUGAUGACAUGCAGUAUCAACAAGGAUAUAAGUCACAGCAGGAUGAAAGGAACGACGAUAGUGAAAGUGAAGAUGAGGCACCUAGGCGGUCAAGACACGGAGAGGGAAAAAAACGAAAAGGCGAAGCUUAGAAGAUGUACAACACAAAUUCUAAUAACUAGAGCAUGUGCUUUCACCAAGCACAACAUAAUGAUGAUCCACUAACCAGUAUGGCCUGUUUUCAAUGUUAUUUCCUAUCAAAAUGAUAAUAAGAUAAUUAGAUCGGUUUGUAUGAGUUCAUUUUUUUUUCUUUUAGAAGAGACUUGGGGAUUGGGUGCUACAUGAAAGGAAAUUGAGAUUCUGUUCAUUGGUAUUGUAAUUUACCAUCAUUGCACAUUUAUUGUUAUGUAUUGAGAUCAAAAUGAAAAUUAGUAGGCUUCACGAAUGUAUACUAAUGUAUUUGUAAAGUGAUUGUAACAUUAGAGUCCUAAAUGAAAAAGGUGAUAUAUUUUUUACUUUACAA